AGAAGCUCAUUCCGCACUUGAGAUCCUUCAGACCCACCAUUAUGGAUUUUUGGAGCGUGUAUAUGAAACUGUGAAUCAGCGUUUGAAUAGUUGAUCACAAUUCUCAUCUCACAAAUCCAUAGUUUUGGAACAAAUGAGUUUGGCAAAGGGACAUUUAUGCGUGUGUUACCAAUCACUGUCAACUUAAACUGUACGUCGAUGGUUUUGCUCAAGACGUGAGAAAGGCCACAAGGGUCAAAGUCUUCUCUUUCGGAACGUCCAAUGCCUCCUCCACUGAAGACGUCAAACACUAUGAAAUUUUGCUUCUUCUCUCGCACCAUCUACCACCACUACCAUUAGUUUUUGCAACAUGUCUACGCCGGCAGAAUACUAUCGUUCUUUACCACCGGUGAGCAAGACCUAUGGGGUGGCUUGUUUGAUGACCACAGCUGCCUACUAUCUGCAUCUUUACAACGUCAGGAAUAUAGCACUCUUUUAUGAGGAUGUAAUUAAACGUUUCCAGGUAUGGAGGCUGAUUACCAAUUUCUUUUUUCUGGGGCCAUUUUCAUUUCCUUUUGCAUUUCGUCUUAUAAUGAUAGCAAGGUAUGGGGUUUCUUUGGAAAGAGGACCUUUUGACAAGAGGACUGCAGACUUUGUGUGGAUGUUCUUCUUUGGAGCACUUUCACUUCUUGUGAUGGCAGCCGUUCCAAUGCUCUGGUCUCCUUUCAUGGGAGUUUCCUUGGUUUUUAUGAUCGUCUAUGUCUGGGCACGUGAAUUCCCAAAUGCACGUAUCAACAUAUAUGGACUUGUGUCGUUGAAGGGAUUCUAUCUUCCAUGGGCAAUGCUAGCCCUGGAUCUGAUUUUCGGAAAUCCAUUGAUGCCAGAUAUUCUGGGGAUGGUUGCUGGACAUCUAUAUUAUUUCCUGACAGUGCUUCAUCCUCUUUCUGGUGGAAAUUUCGUCCUGAGGACUCCUCUCUGGGUUCACAAACUGGUUGCAUUUUGGGGUGAAGGGACACAAGUAAAUGCCCCAGUGCAGCGUGAUCCCUCCGCAGGAGUUGCUUUCCGAGGAAGAAGCUACCGUCUCAAUGGUACCAGAACCAGGCCUUCAGAAGACUCUCAGGGAACCACUCCAGCACAGCAGCCAAAUAAUUCCGCUGGUGGAGUGGCUUUUCAGGGAAGAAGUUAUCGUCUUGGUGUCCGUUAGGUACCUUACUGUUGUAACCAGUGCUUUCUGCAUCAAAUUAUAGGUGCAAAUUAAUGUAUUACUGCAUUUAGAACCAUAAUAGCAACCAAGCCUACAAGGUGACAAAUGCUACCCAAUCAGAUUUUCAUAUUGUUAAAGGAUUGCAAGGAUGGACCGUUCCCGGUAUCAUAUUUAAGCAACCAAGGUAAUUCAGUUGUAUGUUUGCAAUGUA